ACCCUUGCCCAGAGAGGGAGGCGAGCUGACAUUCCAACCUCUGCCUCGCUGGCCCCAAGAACUUAGUAAGACCACAGCCCCAGCAGACAGGGGAAACUGAGGCCUAGAGAGGCAGGGAUCUGCCCCGGGGAUGCCAGAACCGGAAGUGGAACCCAGGCCCUCUUCCCAGACUGCCUGGCCGUCCCUUCUCAGAGAAGCAGGAGCUUGCUGUGUGACCUUAGGACAGAAGUCUUCACGCCUGUCUGGCUCCAUGUUCCUGCCGCACUGAGGAGGUGAGCUCAGCUGCUCCCAGGGGCCCUCCCCGCCAUGGGGCUGGAGGCCCAGAGGAGCUGUCAGAAGAACGACUUCUGUGGGCUCCGUUCUCUGCCUGCUGUGUGAUAGGCACAAGCCCGGGUGUGGGGGGAGGCCACAGCCCAGUGGUAGCUGAUGUUCGGAGCCCCAGGGGAGGAAGGGUGACCGCUGGCUUCAGGCAGCAGCAGCUGGGCCCACUGGGCUUCUUUAAGAGCCGCCCAGGCUGAGGCACAUUGCCAGGGAUGGGAUGGGUGGGGCAGCCAGAAGGUGGGCCAGCCAGUCUCUCUGUCUGCCCCAUGUCUCCCUCCACAGGAGCCAGGAGGGCCCCAUACAUCCUCCAGACCCACCCCUACUGGAUGAGAAACUGAGUCCCAGAGAGAGGAGGGAAUUGCUUUGUCCUCGUCAGCCCUGGCAUUUGCACACUGGGGGCCUCUCCCCAGGACAGGCCUCCUCUCACCAGGGCCCACCCUUUCCAGAAAAAGGCAGGGAUUCAGCUCUAUAAAUACCAGCGUGGGAGGAGAGCUGUGGGGCCCUCAGGAGCCUCAAGGAGGACUCGUCUCUUCUAAAAUUAAUCUUGGAGCUGACACAUCCCGUGAGAAGCCGAGGAGGAUGCUGGAGGUUCCCAGACAGGACCCCUCCGGCAGCCCCAGAGCCUCCUCCAGCCCCUCCCAGAAUGUGUCCCAAGAGCACGCCCCAUUAACAGAGGGGUACACUGAGGCCCAGGCAGUGAGCAGGAGAGGAGACUCCGUACCUUCCAUCCUGCCGAGGUCCGGGGAGCCGAGUCAGCACUCUGCGGAGGGUGCGGUGGGCACCGGGGCCAGCGCGCGCCCUGCCGUGCUCGCCGCCGUGGCCAAGGCCACUAUUUAUAAGGCUGUCAGCAGCGCGCGGCAUGCCGGGAGCCAGCGCUCCGCGUUGGCAGGGAGGGAGCCGGGAGGGAGGGAGAGCGCGCCGGGGAGGGAGGGGCGACUGGACCCAGCCGAGCCCCGUUGGGAAGCCAGAGCAAGACUGGCGUCCCCAACCCUGCAUGCCCAGGUGGCCGUGCCUGCGCUCCCUACAGCCCUUUACAGUUUGCGGAGGGUUUUUCAUUCCUGCAACACCUCCAACUGUGCCCACAUCACUCCAGGGGAACAGGACCAGGCUUCCCGUAUGACGGGUGGGGAAACUGAGGCCCAGAGAGGAGAGGUUCUUUGCACAAAAUCCCACAGCAAAUUUGGCGGCAGAGAGCCGCCAGAACCAGGGAGGGAGGGGACUGAGGCAAGGAUUCCGGGGGCUUUGCUGGCCCCGCCAUUCUCCCAGCCCCUCCUCAGAUCCUGCCCAGAGGCCCCAGGGCCAAGACCCACCUGGAACUCCUUCUCCCCUGUUGGAAGGGGCCCUGAGGACUUCUCUGGAACUGAAACUCCCCAGGACCCCAAAGACCACCCACCACAUACCCAUCUCCCAGCUGGGGGUUGUGUAGAAGGUUAUAAAAACCCAGCCCUGCCCUGUGGAGCUGCCAGGCAGCUCCCAAUGAAGGGAGUGCGAGAACGUGGGACAUUCAGGAUGCUGUGGGUACCCAGAUAGGGAACAGAUAAUCCUGAUAAGAAAAAAAAACCCAGCUUCCAUAAAUGAGCACUCCCUGCGUGCCAUGUCUGUGACUCCUUAAACAUGGAGGAAAGUGAGGUUCCCAGGUAGAAAGUGAUGUGUUUAUCCAUGGAGAUGAGCACAUACCAGAGACCAGGACCAUGCAGCUUCGGAACUUGACGGCCAGACCACAUCACAACCUUGAAGGCAGCAGCCCCAGAUGGUGGGGUGGGUUGAAUUGAGAAUUUGUCUUGCAGGCACUAAGGAGCCAUGGAAAGUGUCUGAACAAGAGAGUGAGAUUACCAGGAACUGAGACCACCUUAGGUGGGUAGUUCCUUAGCAACUACAGCAGCCAGGACACCAGGAUGCCUGGGUCUAGUCCCAGCUCUGCCACCUGUGACAUGAGAGAAGGUCUUUACUUCCUGGGACCUUAAUUUCCCCAUUUGUGAGGGGGUGGGCGCUGGGUCAGAGGCUCUGCCUCAGAAGUUGUUUGACAGCCCCUCUCAAAAGCUGUGGGUGGCUGUGUGUGUUGGCACAACGUUUGUGGAAAGCAAAUCGAUGUCCAUCAGAAUUUUAAAUGGGCCCUUCUGCUGUUAGGAAUCCCACGCGUGGGCACGAAAUGUGUACAGGAUGGUUCUCUAGUGCCAGUGGGGAUUGACUGAUAGGAGGGACAGUGACACGGCCAGGCAGGGUAGGGACACGGUGACUCUGCCUUAGGGUCAGAACGAGAAAGGAAGUCAGAGGUCGUCGCAGAUGGUGGUUCAAGAGAAACAGGCAAGAAGCCCACCAUGCUGGACUUAUCCCGCCUUUGUGAAAAUUAUUCUAAAUGUUCAGGGGUGUGUGUGUGUGUAAAUUCUAGUCCUAGAUUUUUUUUUUUUUUUUGCAUUUUCACACAUCUGAAAUCAUGUUCUCUUAUAAUCAGAUCAAUGGUAUCAAAGUUGAUGGAAUGAAGCAGAAUUGAGGGCAAGUGCGUGCACAGGAUCGGGGUGGGGGGGGGGUUGGCUUCCAUUUCCCACCCAAAGACCCUUCCCUGUGCUCUUUUCCUUUUUCAAUACAACAAGCAUCUAUUAUUUUACACAUAAAGCAAUUUUAACACAGAUGAACCUUGAGGACAUUAUGCUAAGUGAAAUAAGCCAGUCACAAAAAGACAAUAUUGUAUGAUUCCACAUAUAUGAAGUAUCUAAAAUAGUCAAAUUCAUAUAGACAGAAAGUGGAAUUGUGGUUUCCAGGGGCUGGGGGAAGGGGAAAUUCAGAGUUGUUAGUGGAUAUAGAUUUUCAAGGUGAGAUCUGUUUCACAACAAUGUAAAUGCAGUUAAUAACACUGCUGAACUCUACACUUAAACAUAGUUAAGGGGGAGGGGCUGGCCCCGUGGCCGAGUGGUUAAGUUCGCGCGCUCCACUGCAAGUGGCCCAGUGUUUCGUUGGUUCGAAUCCUGGGC